GGAGACUCGCGAAGAAGCCCAAGCACACUUUGCGUUUCGGUGGUUAUUGUUAGCAUAGCGUCUGAUUUUGGUUGAACACGUUUUCAUAAAAAAAAAAAAAAAUAAUAAAAAUGAGUGAUAAUGAAAAGCGAUACGGCGAGCGGGAGUCUCGCUCUGCAUCGAGGAGCGCUACUCCACGGGCAUCAGGGAAGUCGGGAAGCCGCUCCCCGGCCCGCUCGCGUGGGCAUUCAAAAGAAGGAGCCCGGCGUUCUCGCUCUAAAUCUCGGUCUCGGUCCAGGUCUAAAUCUAGGUCCCAUUCACACCGUGGCUCACGCAGGCACCACAGCCGCUCUCGGUCCCGUUCUAGGUCCCAUCAUCGUCGUUCUCGCAGCAGAUCCUACAGUGGAGAACGUCGGCACCGAAGUUAUAGCCGUUCACCCAUGUCAAAUCGCCGAAGGCACGUUGGCAACCGUGCUAAUCCUGACCCAAACUGCUGCCUGGGUGUUUUUGGCCUCAGCUUAUACACCACAGAGAGGGAUCUGAGGGAUGUCUUCAAUAAAUAUGGCCCCCUGGCAGAUGUCUGUAUCGUGUAUGACCAGCAGUCAAGGCGUUCCAGAGGUUUUGCUUUCGUUUACUUUGAGAAUGUGGAUGAUGCUAAUGAGGCAAAGGAGAGGGCCAACGGCAUGGAACUGGAUGGCCGUCGAAUCAGGGUGGACUUCUCCAUCACCAAAAGAGCUCACACACCAACACCUGGUAUCUACAUGGGCCGUCCCACAUAUGGUGGUGGUGGUGGAGGUCCAAGCGGCCCACGGCGCUAUUCUCGUGACUACGACCGCGGUUAUGAUCGUGGAUAUGACCGAGGUGGCUACGAUCGCUAUGACGAUAGAGACUACUACAGGUCAUACAGAAGGCGGUCUCCUUCACCAUACUACAGAGGGACUUACAGGUCUCGCUCCAGAUCACGAUCCUAUUCUCCCCGUCGUUAUUGAACAUCGUUAAGGAGCAAGAGCUUUCCCAAGCACAAUAUGAAAAUUUUUGAGUGUGACUUAAAAAUUAGUUGAUUAUUUUGAAGGAAGUUCUAAAGUUCAGUUCUUGACCAGUGUGUCUAAUUGUAGACUGAGAUGAUUUAUAAAAGGUGUUGCUGGAAGCACUGGAGCUGUUACAUUGUGCUUCUCAUUUUAAAUGUGUGAGCAG